AUGCGAGGAUUUGAAUGUCGAUCCAAUGCGAGAUCACUCAAUGCAGCUGGUGGUUCAAGAAAUAUGACCAGCAGAGCAUUGAUGGAUAAUUUGAUUAUUGCUGGCGUUGGUUACAGUAGAGAAGAUUUCUCAAUUAAACCACAAGUUCUCAAGUCAGGUCCUGCUAGUUCUUGGGUUUCUGACCUGAGUUUUACAAAGACAAUGACAACAGCAAGUGAAUACUUCUCAAUGGUCAAUCCAAGUGAUGGUCAAUCAGUAUUUAAUGGAUUGUAUAGUCAUUCAAAUGCUGGAAUUGAUUUGAUAUUUUCCAAAUAUUUUGAAGGAGAAUUGUAUAUUGUAGAUUCUCAAAAGCAAUUUUUCACUCAUUCAGUUAAUGCACCUGAUAUUAGAGUGACAGACGAAUUCCAACAAAUUAUUGACAUUUUGCCAGAACAAAUGGAUUGGGAUAUGUACAAUCUUGUUUUAACCUCAUUUGGUGAUUCUAUUGCCACCAGUAUCAAGUAUGGAGGAAUUGUUGACAUGACUGUUUCCAUUAGAUCUUGUUUCAAUGAUCCACAAAUGAUGCAAUACAUUUCUCAAGAAUUACAGUAUUCAAUUGAUGGAUCCUCAGAUGUGUCCAAACUUCCAAAUGGUUACGUUAGAUAUCACAAAGUUUCACAAUUGGACAUUGUGGGUGGAAAUCCUCAAAUUUCCAAUAUUCACCAAAGAACUGCAACUUUUGCAAUGAAUCCAGUCCCUGUUCGAUUGGAAACCAUUCCAAUUUGGAGAGCUUUCCCAGAUGGACCUAAACAAGCAAAUAUGAAAAAAGUAUACGAAAGUUACUUGCAAACUAGAUCAAGAAAUGUUCAAAAUUUAAUCAAUGCUUUCAAUGCCAAGAGAGAAGCCGAAGCAAAUAAUCCUCAAACUUUCACAGCUUACAAAAUGGAUAUUCGUACCAAUCAAUUACAAAAAUUUGGUUCUUCAAUCAGUCUCUCAAAAGGUCAAUCAGGAACAAUCACUGAUGAUCAAAUUGUAGUAGCUGUCUUUGGACGUACCUUGUUGGUUGCUGAUUUUGUUGUUGGAAUGCAACCUGUCAUUCACAGAAAUAUGGAUGGAACUUUUUUUUUUGAUUUCAAUCGUGGAUUUUGUGAUAAUGAGGUCAGUAAUACAUGUAAGAUUACUCCUGGAGCUGUCACUUGGCCAUUGAGUGAAAUAUCUGCCUUGUCAACUACUGGUAAAAAUCAAUGCAUUCAAGUGAUUUUCCAAAAUAGUGUAAGAACUAGAUAUUCAGCUUCUGCAAUGUAUGUUUGUUCAGGUUGCAUGCCAGUUGUAAGUGGAAAGAACAUUAGUUGCAAUUGUCCAUACGUUCAAUAA